AUGGCGUCAGUUGACGAUGAAAUAUCUACUAUGAACAUCAAUGAAUCGGUGGCGGAGGAAACCAAAACAAGAAGAUCCGCUUUACUGAGGGGAUUCAACAAGGCGCUCACGGCUGUGACUGUUUGUGGCACGGGAGGAAACGAAUUUUAUGGAGGUGAAACAUCUUGCAUCUGCCCCUCUGCAGCAGCAGACUUGGCAAAGGCAGCCGACCAAGAAGCUCAAAAGAUCAUGAAUCUGCUGGCACAGCGAAUGACAGUGAGCAAGGCCAUUAUCGAUGACGUUGAAGUACUCACCAUGCUAAUAGAACGAUUGUUCGCAUAG